UGCAUGUGGGCGUGAUCAUCUAACGGCCGUUAGCACCACUCAGGCUACAAACAAACUUGGUGCCUUACGGCCUAUGCUAAAGCGACCUAGCUAGCCUGUCUGACAGAUUAAGCAUCGAGCUGUCUAACUUAAUAUUUACACAUUCUGUGCAACAUUUUUUAGCUUUCAUGGCACGGAUUUUAAUUAACAAAAAUGUUAUUUAAAGGAACGGUGCUAGAGUUUUAAAUAGUGAGUUACCUUGGAUGGUAACUUCCUCCAUAAGUUGCCGUUACGUUAGCUUGCUAGCAUACAUGCUAGCCUUCGGCUGCGAAUUGUUGUUAGCCGUCCUAUAACGUUAGCAUGCUAACUAGCAAACACUUCAUUGGGAGAGUAGUCACAGAAACGCGGUGUUUCAUUCGAGCAACUCUUAACUCCUGCCUGCUGUUCUGUAUGGUUCCAUCGACUGAUGAAGGCAGCAGCAUUCAUGGAUAUUGUGGACACCUUUAACCAUUUAAUACCCAGUGACCAGUUGGACGACUCCCUGAUAACAGGUCAGAAUUUGGAAUGUGAAACCAGUAAUGAUUUGGGGACAGGACUCCGACUGGAAGAUUCACUGAAGAACAUGCUCAGUGACAAAGACCCCAUGUUUGGAUGUGCAAGCUCUCAGUUCAAUCUGCUGGACAAUGAGGACUCCACUUUUCAAAUUGCUGGCUCAACAGGUCUCCCUGAUGGUUCAGCACCCACAGGCCUCAGCAGUGAACUGACCGUUACCACUGAGACCACACAAGCCAAGCGACCUGUUGGCAGACAGAAGAAACGCCCACAGAAUAUCAGUGGCCCACGACCUGCAAACACAUCCACCAACACCAUGAUCCAAGGACGACCAGGAAGGAAACCAAUCAACAGGCUACACAAGUCGUUUCUUAUUGAGAAAGGAGUAAAAGGUGUCCAGCUGAAGAAAGAAUUAACUCUGGGAGGGCGUAUUAAUGUUCAUGAUAUUGAAGGUGGAUUAUGGCUGAAACCUGCCGUUGUAUUGAGACGACUGACUGUCACAAUUGCAGGAUUCAAGAUCGAGCUGCUUCCAGGUCCCUCUUACACACAAACUGUUGCAGAGGGCCAGGAUGCUUGUCUUGAAGGUGGUUUUUCAUAUACUGGGGACAUUGGGUUUGCUGUGCUGCCAGGUGAGACUGUCAGUGUACAAAAUUCCAUACCUGAGAGUGUGGCAGAGGUGGAUGUAACUGAGAAGAGCUCUGCUGAUGAUGCAGCCCUCGGACUGGGCCCGUAUGUGAAUCCUAACGAAGUGCAGGCCCCUAACGGGACAUUAAUUGGGAGUGCCUGCACGGAAGAGACAAAACUUGACAAUCAGAGUGUUCCUGAAAAGGAGAAGCCAGUCUGUAAAGAAAAAUGUGACAAAGAGCCAGAGAACAACGAGAAUAAUAGAACUACUGUAAGUAAUAAGACUGAUGAUAAGGAAAAACAACAGAUUGUGGCCAAAACACUGCUGAAGUCGAAACAAGGACUGACUUCUAACAAGUGUAAGGACUUGGUUUCAGGUAAACCAAACAACAUGAUCAAGGGACAUAAAGUGUCCCAAAACAUGCCAUCCAAAAUCCAAAGAGACUCGCACAAAAUGAAAUCUCUUAAGGAAAAGAAAGACAUUUCACCUUUGAAAAGGCCUGCAGAAAACACCCAAAGUGAGCUAGCUACUAAAAUACAAAAGACACAGGGAACAGGGGAGAGUAAAGUGAAGCCAAAGUUGCCAAGUACACCUAGUUCUGCAGUGAAGAAGAGCCCAUCAUCUGGCAACCGUGUCGAUCAGCAGGAACCAACUAAACACACUCAUCCCACCAACAGCUCCAAAGUUGAGCCCGCUAACCCUGCACAUGGUCGUCCAGGCCAUUCAUUAAAAACAUCAGAGGAAGGAGGCCAGGACAAAGCCAAACUGAAGAAGCCAGAAAAGAUCCUUCAAAGACAGAAAAGUAAAACUUCAAGGAGCAUCUCUGUGGAGGAGCCGCAGCUGUUUAUACCAGACAACGCUCCUGUUGCGAAGAAGGAAACUGCUGAGGAGCAAGCUGCUAACAAUGAGACGGCAUGGGAUGGAAACAACUGUUGCGGCCUGUGCAAAAAACACCACAACAACAUAUUCAUGGUAGGCUGUGGCCGCUGUGACGACUGGUUCCACGGCGACUGCGUUGGUCUCGACCUGACGAAAGUUCGCGAGAUGGAGGAGGAGGACCAGAUGUACGUGUGCUUGAAGUGCUGCGAGGAGGAGAGCAAAAAGGUGGAGCCCGAGCCCCCGAGUGCAGCCAAACCAGACGUUCAAGCAAAGACGGAGGUACAAGACCUGAAACUACCUCCCAAACCCCAACCAGGACCCUCCCAGCCUCUCACAUCAGGAGGGGUCAGACCAGUAAGAAAGGAUCCUGACAGAAGGCAGUCCACAGAUGCCAGAGAAGCCGCUCAUAAAACAGGCUUUUAUCUGAAACAAGACACAAAAAGUAAGACUCCAUCUUCAGCUUCAAAGAAGCCUGUAUCUGUCGAGGCGAUCCGGCGAAGUGUGCGUGAGUCUCUGAAAGAAAUUCUUAUACAGAGGUUGAAGGAGUCUGAUUUGAACGUCUCAGUGGAGAAAGCCUCUGAAGUUGCCAAGAAGACAGAGAGAGAGCUUUUUCACUUGUACAAAGACACAGACAACAAAUACAAGAACAAAUACAGAAGCCUAAUGUUUAACCUCAAAGAUACGAAAAAUAAUGUUCUCUUUAGGAGGGUUCUCAAAGGGGAAAUUUCUCCUGCUAACCUCAUUCGAAUAAGCCCAGAGGAAAUGGCCUCAAAAGAAUUGGCUGCUUGGCGACAAAGGGAGAACCGACAUACGAUUGAGAUGAUUGAGAAAGAACAAAGAGAGGUAGAGAGGCGACCAAUCACCAAGAUCACACACAAAGGUGAAAUUGAAAUCGAGAGCCAAGAACCAGUGAAGGCACCUGAGCCUAUAGAGGCUAAGUCUCCUCCCAAAAUGACAGAACCCUCGGUAGAACCUCCAAAUACCCCUGAGAAGCAAGCAGAGAGCACCAACGCGGAGAAAGACACCACCAGCCAACACAAGUCUCACUUAUUUGAUCUGCACUGCAAAAUCUGCACAGGUCGUAUGGCGCCCCCUGUGGAAGAAGCACCGACCAAAGUGAUCAAAGUUGCCACCACAGUUGUCAGGAGACAGUCCACUAAAUCUGAAGAUUCAAAGAGCACAACACCCCCUGCAAUGGACGACGACCUGCACCUCACUGUUUUAGAGGAGAGCUUCCGAAGCGCUCAAUCUGGCUAUGAAGGACGGUCGGAUCAUGCAGCUGGAAGAGAAGAAGAGGCCGCUUUCCUUUCCAACCUGAAGUCCCUGUGGCGUGGAUUCAUUCAUAUGCCCUCUGUGGCAAAGCUGGUGACAAAAGCUUUCCCCGUCUCAGGCCUUUUCGACAACUUGACUGAGGACCUUCCAGACAGCAUUCAAGUUGGCGGGAGGAUAAGUCCACAGACAGUGUGGGACUACUUGGAGAAGAUUCGGGCAACCGGAACAAAAGAGGUGUGCCUGAUUCGCUUCUCCCCUGAGACAGAGGAAGACGAGAUCUCCUAUACUCUACUGUAUGCCUACUUCAGCAGUCGUAGGCGUUUCGGGGUGGUGUCCAAUAACCUGAAACAAGUGAAGGACAUGUAUCUCAUUCCUUUGGGUGCCACUGAAAAAGUUCCACAUCAGCUUGUUCCCUUUGAUGGGCCAGGUUUAGAAAACAACCGUGCCAAUCUUCUUCUCGGACUCAUAAUUCGUCAGAGACCCAAAAGGGAUUUUCUUCCCGUGGACAUGAACGAAACUGCCAGGAUCAUUCCUGAAAUCAAGCCUGUCACCGUUUCCACAAAAGAAACCAGAGCAACAGAGGAGGAAGAGAAAUUGUUCCUUUCUUCCUUGACUGCUGCUCCCAAAAAAGAGAAAGACAUGCCACUUAACACUACUGAAGAUGUUGAUGAGCCAAUUACAGAGUCUUUUGAAGAACCAUCUGCAUCAGAGGAGACCAACAAUCAAGAAGCCCGGAAACCUCUGCGCUUCCUUCCAGGUGUGUUAGUCGGCUGGGGUGGGGAAUUACCACCUCUGCCAGAUGUUGGAGGCAAACCUGUAGCAACAGCAGAUGACACCCAGAAGACCCAACUAGCGGCGAAACCCGAGGCAUCAACUGGAAACGCAAAAAGUCCGACAGCUGCUGCGCCACGAGAGCGCUUUGUCAUCAAGAAGAAAGAAGCGAAAGCUGCUAAAGCUGAACUGGAGCAAUCCAACCAGACUGAUACAUCUGCUGCUAACAACUCAUCAGGAAAGGACGCUGCAGUUGUGACCCACAGUGCACCAGUCUCUCUGAAAGAUAAGCCUCCAGAUGUAUCGACUGAAGCGUUCCUGGCAAGCUUGUCUGCGGCGCAGAGCGGGACUGAAGCUAGUGACGCUGCCUCUGCAAACAAAGACGACGCUGGCCUUUUGUCUGAAACGGAAAAGGCGCCGUCUGAAGGAAAUUCUUUGACGCUGUCAAAAUCCCCGGCUGCUCCAGCUCAAGCUUACAGCUCAAAACCUCCUUUAAGUGGAAUAUUGAAAAAAUCCUCAGCAUAUUCCACUGUGAAUGAAGAUAAAACAACAGCGCUACAAAAGGAUAAUGCCAGCCACCUAGCUCCUCCGAGUCCCAAACCUGUUCCUGUGUUGAGCAGCACUAGAAAUGAUGCAGUAACAUUGUUUCACCAAGGAUUUUUACAGGUUGCUCAGGCCAAGAAAAAGCUAGAGAAAGAAAAACAAACAACUACUCCAUCACUUGUUAAUGAAAAGGAAGAUCCUGGCAUGUCCCAGGCUGGUGCUACAGUAACUCCCACAGAAUAUCCACCUGUAGUCCAAGGACCACAAGCAGCCAGUUUCACAGAAGCCUCCCAGUGCCAACAGGACUCCGCAACGGCACCAGCUCUCCCAGUAUACAACAGUGCUGCACCUAUCCCAUCACAGCAGCAACAGCCUCAGGUACCUGGCAGCUACGACUACCCAACUGGCCCUCCUCCAAACACGUUCUCCAGCCCACACGCCGAGGAUCAGAACCACAGUGCACCGUGGGCUCAGGACGGCACUUCGCACCCUCCUCCCGGACUUCAAUCGCAGUACGGCGAGAGCUACCCAGAACCGGCGGGCAGACCUCCAUCCCUGUCCAAAGAUUACAAGCGUCUAGAGGAGCGAUACAGCGACCCGUGGGAGAGGCCGCGGACAACCGAGGACAGAGACCACCACGGGAGGCACAGCCACCACAGGGACUCUCAUCACGGGAAAAAGAGCAGGCACCACGACCGGGAGCGGGAGAAAAAGCAUGACCGGAGCCACGACGACAAGAGAGACAGAGAGAGGAGCAGGCACCACGGACACUCAGAAGACCGAUACGGUGAGAAGAGGAAAGAGAGGCACCACAGCGAUGAUCACAGCAGCCGUCAUAAGGACAGACACAGACACAGACGGGACUCUGAUUAUGAGAAUGGACGGAGAAGUUCUAAAGACAGUUAACUUUUAAUUAUUCAUUUUUUUUAAGCCCUGCAAGCAAGCGCUGGGGGCUCUAAGAAAGACUGUUGGCUUGUUCAAACCACUUCAGCUACAUUGUUUGAUAGUCGAGUUGUUUGUUAUUUUAUACAGCUGCAGCUUAUGUGCGGUUUCCUUUAUAGAAGUUCCAUUUUACGUUGACAUUACAGCCAAAAUGAAAUAUAAUUUCAGUGGGAUUGUGAAAAUCUUUAUAGAUGUUUUUUUCUUCAAACCAAGAAGAACUGAAUAUUGGAGCAAUUUCAAAAGAUUUUAACCUUUUUACUGUAUAUAUAUAUCGCGUUCAUAUUGAGCUGCUGUGCUGACUACAAAUGAUCAGUAAAUGUUUUCAGUUUUGUGGUGACAUACAAAGCAAGUGUGGGCCAUUUGGUGGAAAGUUUGAUUUGGCAUGAAUGUAACAGAAAACAUUUAACUGAGGACCGGGAUCUAAACAGCAGCUUGGCUUUUUUUUCAACUUGAAUUCUUUUAAAUUGCUUAAUUAUUUUUUAAACUUACUUUUUUUUUUUUUUUAAGUAUGUACAUUUUGGCUUGUAAUAUAAAUUAGAGAAAAGCGUGCCUUUGCACUGUGUGUUUAUGUACAGUUCGUAAUAAAGCUAAUCCUUUUUUAUUAUUGAUUAUACAAAAACAUUUCUCAUAUUUC